AUGACCUCAUCAGACCGGACCGUUCUGGUCCUGUACGGAUCAGAAACCGGCAAUGCGCAGGACAUGGCCGAGGAGCUGGGCAAGCUGUGUCGGCGGCUGCAUUUCAAAAGCCGCGUGGAGGAGCUGGACUCCGUUGAACUCACCGCGCUUCUCGAGCACCAGCUCGUCAUCUUUGUGAUAUCUACCACCGGACAAGGAGACAUGCCUCACAACUCUCUUCUCUUUUGGAAGAAGCUACUGCGCAAGAGGCUACCAAGGGAUUGCCUGGCUCGAGUGAGAUUCACGUGCUGCGGCUUGGGGGACAGCACAUACCUCAAAUUCAACUGGGCGGCGCGAAAGCUCAUCCGACGCCUGGAACAGCUCGGCGGAACGACGUUCAUGGAGCCAUGCGAGGCUGAUGAGCAGUUCCCCGAAGGGGUAGACGGCAGCUUUUUACGAUGGGCGGAUGACCUGAGGAAAGUUCUGCUUGCCCAAUACCCUCUCCGUCAGAGUCUCCAACCUAUUCCGGACGAGAUGAAUCUGCCACCGAGGUGGUCACUUCAUGCAGCACUUCGGAAAGCAGAGGCCGACUCUAUCGCCACCGGGCUACAUGGAGAUCUGAACGGAAGUGCCGAGCCGCCUCGUUCCAACACACCGCCCUUGAAUCUCAUCCCCGUUACCAACGGGUGGAACGCCAGCCUCUCGGGAAAUGAAAAGAUGACCCCGGACACGCACUGGCAAGACGUACGCUUGAUGUCGUUUGACAUACCGUCGCGGGGCCAGAACCAGAAGUUGCAUUGCAACCCCGGCGACUGCCUCACCAUUUACCCCAAAAACUUCCCUGACGACGCCCAAAGGCUCAUCACUCUCAUGGGUUGGGGAUCCGUCGCCGAUAAGCCCCUGGACCUCUCUUUCAUCGACUUCAUGGCCGUGCCUCGGCGAUCGUUCCUCAAGAACAUUUCGUACUUCUCUUCUAAUCCGGACCACAAAGAGCGACUUCUAGAGUUCACCAUGACGGAGUUCCUCGACGAGUACUUUGACUACGCGACACGCUCUCGCCGCACCAUUGUCGAAACGUUGGAGGAAUUUUCGUCCGUCCGGAUCCCACCCGAGCGGAUUCUUGACGUGUUCCCACUCAUUCGUGGCCGCGACUUCAGCAUCGCCAACGGCGGCGACCAACUCGCGCAUCCAACCAGUGCAGACACUACACGGGUCGAGCUCCUUGUCGCCUUGGUCAAGUACCGCACCAUCCUGCGCAAGCCUCGUCAGGGCCUGUGCUCAAGGUACCUCGCCGACUUGCCUGUAGGAACCGAGCUGCUUGUCACACACAAGCCAGUCCUGUCGCCCAUUCAUGGCCCUUCCAAUGCCCAGCGUCCUCUCAUCGCUAUGGCUACUGGCACCGGCGUCGCCCCAGUCCGGAGCCUCAUCCACGAGCGCCUCACACACCCCGUCUCCGCGCCAAUCGUGCUCUUCUUCGGCAACCGAAACGUAGCGGCAGACUACUUCUUCAGUGAAGAGUGGGGAGCAAUCCCGCAGGAUAAGAUGACCCUGUUCACCGCAUUUUCGCGAGACCAACGGGAAAAGGUUUACGUCCAAGACUUGGUGAGGCGCGAGGCCCCGCGUCUCGAGCGGCUCAUCCCCCAGUUACCCAUCUUCGCGGUAUGUGGCGGCUCGACCAAGAUGGCGGAUGCUUGCAAGAAUGCAGUCUUUGAUCCGUUUGUCGAGGCUGGGGACGAGUCGGAGCGGAAAAGGAUGCUUGAGGAGAUUACUUGGUGGCAGGAGAUAUGGUAG